AUGUUAUUUCCGCCACUUCCUACCACCGAAUUUACGCCUUUUGGUUUGAGAAUACACCUCAUUCUCUACACCGAAGAAGAAGAGGUUACAAAAUCGUUUGCUGAAUCACUUAAAGAUGGAUUAAAGGCUUUAGGUUUAGGAAGGAACGCUAAGCAGUUAUUAUCCGACAUUGAAUCAUUGCAUAUGGUGACUAGUUUGGACCUAGAUUCUGCUGAUGAUUCAUUAGAGCUUCUGAAAUUUCCUAAUUUGAAGAAACUCACUAUCAAUUUAAUCGACAAUGCGCUGGUUUUAAAAUCGUGGGAUGUUCCACAAUCGUUGGAGGAAAACCACCUUGGAGACAUCUCCAACGAGAAUUACGAGAAUAUUUCAUCAUUUAUCUCAAACCUACCACUGGACUUGAAGAAGUUAACAAUACGGGGACGGAAAUUGAAGUGGUUUCAAGGCAUGUUGGACUUUUCAAAGUUUCAAAAGUUAUUAUACCUUUCAAUUCGUGGUGAGGGUUACCUGAUUCAAUCGAACUGCUGCGCUUCUACAACCCGUCGCUUGACUUCAUUGGCGAGAUACAAUUUCCAAAGAACUUACAGUCAUUGA